AUGGUCCUCGUGACCUCACUGCGGAGCGCGUGCUGCACUGAUGCGCAGUGCCGCUGUGAAUCACAUCAUCACCACGGCAACCGGUGCGUUCACGGCCAGCCUCAGCAUCCACCGCCACCAGGAGCAGCGAGACCAACACAAUCGGACAUAUUUGAAGCAGCUAUGGUGAAGCUCGGAGCAAAUCUAUCGGAUAAACUGGACAAGCAGUCCUCAGUGGAUGAUGGAUUUGAUAAUAUUCCCCUCAUCACUCCUCUGGAAGUAAACCAGCUACAGGAAACAUUCACCGACAAGGUCAUUGUGAAGACAUCGACACAGUUCCAACUGCAGCAGAAGAAACGGCAACUGUUUAUGCCCAAUCUUAAGAAGCUUAAUAUUAAUUUUUACAGAGAUGUCUCAGAGAAAGCAAAGAUCACAGGGCUGAUUCUGUUGACGUUGGGCUUUCUGACCAGUCUGCUGCUGCUGCUCAUGUACAAGGAGAUGUGGUACGACCAGCUCACAUGCCCCGAGGGAUUCAUCCUCAAGGGAAAACACUGCAGCCCGGCCGCUCUGGAGAUGUACUACACCGAACAGCAAACUGUGGACCAGAGCCGGGACCAGAGCGUACUGCUGUCUGCCCUGAACCAGGUCAAGAGGACCAGCCUCCAGUCUCCAUGGAAACCAGUGUUCAGUGCCCCGAAGGAGGCCCAUAAUACCCAAGCUCUUCAGUACCCCAUGGACCAGGACAAGUGA